AUGCAUCGAGCUCUUGGACUCACCGAAAUUGUGGCAACCAUCGUCGAGACCGGGAGUGCAUCUCUCGAUUUCCUGCGUUCUUGUCUCCUCAUUAACAAAUUCUUCUCACACGAGGCUGCUAGGUUAAUAUGGAAGGAAUGUGGCUUGGGAAAAUCGUAUAUCAGUCCACAGAUUGGCCGUCUCGUCAGGACUCUAUCGGAGAACGCCCAGAGAGCACAGUACUACGCCAAUUUCGUCCAGACCCUCUGCAUUUUCCAGAGAAAAAGAAACAUUUGGCAUGAAUAUUUGGCCUCUUUGGAGUUCCCUCGACUGAAGAAUUUCCAUCGCCAGGACACGGAGAUGACCGGACCACCUAUCGACCUUAAAGAUCUAGCCCUUCCUUACCCCCAGAGAGGCCUUGAGGCGUUGUCAAUUUAUAGAUCGUCGGUUUUAAUUAUCUCUGAUUGCUCUCUAGAGAUACUAUCAAGUCAUACUUCGCCAAAACUAAAGAAGCUAAACCUGUUCCGAAUGCAGCAUAGAACCGUGUCUAAAGAUGGACUUGUCCGUUUUCUUACCAAUACCAACCCUCUUGUGGAACUUGAUAUUAGUUGCCUUGACAAGUGUUGGUCGCGAAAAGCAUUUCAGCGCAUACUUCUGAGAUUUUGCAAUUUGGUGUACCUUUCGCUUCCAGAUAUUCCUGAUGAUUGGAUUCUUUCGCCCAGCAAAAACGAUACCAAUGUCCCACCUGCAUUUCCAAAUUUGAGAACCUUACGCGUCGGAGUAAAUGAACAAGGCUUGGAGCUUUUAGCUCGCAAUGCACCAGCCUUGGAGACUCUUGAACUAUCUUCACAAGACCUUCCUCCCUCUCGCCACAUCCUUCUGGCGGCAGCGGGAUUUACGAAAUUGAGAAGGCUUAUAAUCAGCUUCGGUCAAAGCUCCAGAAUCUAUGGAGAGGAUCUUCUUCUGCUAUCUCAAGAAUGUCCUUGCCUUACUUGCCUUAGUAUUCAGUCCAACAAAGGUUUUCACCCUAAAGGGUUGGACAUUUCCGACAAUCUCAUUGAGGAAGUAGCUCAGAAUUUGACAGAACUCAUCACGUUGACCAUCUGCAUUGAUUCUCCGAGUCCACUCACCCAACGAGCUGUCUAUUCGGUGAUUAGGCACUGCAAGGAUAUUAGUUAUCUACACAUGUCCUGCGAUUUUAAUUGGCGAGAGACUGUCGAUGGGGUCCCAGAAUUUACGUCUGCUAAAAUGCUUAGCAUGACCCUUCUUCUUAACGAGAACGGUCCAUUAGCAGAUGCCAACGAAGAAUUAGCGAAUCGGCUCAGGAAGCGUCUUGUUCUAUUGACGCCUGCAAUGAAGUAUUUAUAUUUACAGAGUAGAAAUCGGUUUUGGGCGAUAGAAUUUGAUCCGCCUAGUAGCCGCAUCCGGGACGACUAUUAG